AUGCGCACUGCAGCAGUCAGGGCACUGCGCAAUGCGAGGCUAUCUACCAAGGCCCCAAGGCCUCUAGGGAGGAACUAUGCGACCAUCAGAGAUCCUCUGCACAAAGAUCCUGUUGAACUAGACCAUAUUACCCAGUUGCCAAAUGGCGUUCGAGUCGCAACAGAAUCACUACCGGGCCCUUUCUCAGGCGUCGGGGUCUACCUCGAUGCCGGGUCGCGAUAUGAGGACGACUCUCUUCGAGGCGUCAGUCAUAUUGUGGAUCGGCUAGCCUUCAAAUCAACGAAAGCAAGGACUGCAGACCAGAUGUUCGAGGCGUUGGAAUCGCUGGGAGGAAACAUUCAGUGUGCGUCGUCGAGAGAGGCUCUGAUGUACCAGUCCGCCACGUUUAAUGCCAGCGUCCCCGACACCAUCGCCCUGCUCGCGGAAACGAUUCGAGAUCCUUUAAUCACAGAUGAAGAGGUGGCACAACAAUUGGAAACCGCCGAAUAUGAGAUCCAAGAAAUAUGGGCCAAGCCAGAUCUAAUCAUUCCCGAACUAUUGCACAUGGCCGCCUACAAGGAUAACACCUUGGGCCAUCCUCUUCUAUGUCCUCGAGAGAGAUUGCCUUACAUCACGAAGGGAUUGAUUGAAAAAUACCGGAGCGUCUUUUACAAGCCAGAGCGGAUAGUGGUCGCUUUCGCCGGCAUCCCGCACGAGGAAGCCGUUCGUUUGACGGAAAAAUACUUUGGAGACAUGCCCAAAUCUGAACAACCAUCGCUAUCACAAAUUACGUCGCAAUCUACCGAACCGAGUUCACCGCAACCAAAUACACAGCAACUUCCACCUCAAUCUUCUGCAAGCAGGCUUUUAUCUAAGAUUCCUGGUUUCAAUAGCUUCUCCACGUCUGCACCUCAUCAAGCAACUGUGUCGCCUCUCGAUCCUUCUCUAAUUCAACCUCCUCCAGAAUCCCUUCUCACAAUGCCAUCCCAUUAUACUGGAGGGUAUCUGGCACUCCCGACGCUUCCUCCACCACCGAAUAAAUUCACAAUCCCCCUGUCGUACGUGCAUGUUGCAUUUGAGGGUCUCCCCAUUUCUUCAGAAGACAUUUAUGCUCAGGCCACACUUCAGACUCUGCUGGGCGGCGGGGGUUCAUUCUCGGCUGGCGGUCCUGGUAAAGGAAUGUAUUCUCGACUCUACACAAAUGUCCUCAACCAGCACGGAUGGGUUGAGAGCUGUGUGGCAUUCAACCACAGUUAUACUGACAGUGGUCUCUUCGGCAUCGCUGGGGCAUGUGAGCCAGGUCGAGUCGGUCAUAUGGUGGACGUGAUUUGCCGCGAACUACAAGCUCUGACAUUAGAAUCCGGCUUCUCCAGUCUGAACAUUGCCGAAGUCAAUCGCGCGAAAAACCAACUGCGUUUUAGCCUCCUGAUGAAUCUCGAGUCGAGGCUGGUUGAAUUGGAAGACCUUGGUCGACAAGUCCAAGUUCAUGGACGAAAGGUCGGCGUCAAGGAAAUGUGCGAAAAAAUCGAUGCUCUCACAGUUGCCGAUCUGAGACGUGUGGCUACACAGAUAUUCACUGGAAAGGUGGACAACAAUGGCCACGGAACUGGCGCACCGACUGUGGUAAUCCAAGAGGGGGAAGACUUGAGUGGGAAAAAAGUCAAGCAAAUACCAUGGGAGGAUGUACAGUCGCGCAUUGCCAGAUGGAAGUUGGGGCGACUAUAG